AGAAGCAGCAGCUGGGGACCCUGGUGAGGUGAUCGCGCUAUUGCCGUGUCCGUGGGUCCACAGUCAGGUGCUCAGACCUCAGGGCAGGGAGAAAGGCUGGGUUUGCCAGGGACCAGGGUAGUGGGUCAGCUAGCUGCCCGGGGACUUUCAGUACCGCUGCUUAACGCUGGUCUCAGCUCGGACCUUGAAUCUGAUUCGGUCAAGUCCUCAACCUUCUGGGCUUCCCAAGGGGCCCCAACUCAAUGGGGCUGCUUCUGCCGCUGCUACAAUCCUCUCUACUGCUGAUGCUUCUUUUGCGGCUGCUGGCGGCGUCCACCAACCUGGACUGGCAGUGCCCACGAAUACCCUUCGCAGCCUCCCGAGACUUCAGUGUUAAGUAUGUGGUACCCAGUUUCUCCGCGGGGGGCCGGGUACAGGCCAUGACAGCCUACGAGGACAGUAAAAAUAGUGCGGUGUUUGUGGCCACACGCAAUUGCCUGCACGUGCUUGGACCUGACCUGCAGUAUAUAGAGAACCUGACCACUGGCCCUAUCGGAGACCCUGGCUGCCAGACUUGUGAGAGCUGUGGUCCAGGCCUUCAUGGACCACCAAAGGACACAGACACACUGGUGCUAGUGAUGGAACCGGGUUUGCCAGCCCUCGUCAGCUGUGGCUCAACCCUACAGGGCCGCUGCUUCCUGCAUGAGCUAGAGCCUCGGGGGAAAGCCCUGCACUUAGCAGCUCCAGCCUGCCUCUUCUCAGCAAACAAUAACAAGCCUGAGGCCUGCACAGACUGUGUGGCUAGCCCCCUGGGCACUCGUGUGACUGUGGUGGAGCAGGGCCAUGCUUCCUACUUCUAUGUGGCAUCUUCACUAGACCCAGAGUUGGCCGCUAGCUUUAGCCCACGCUCAGUGUCCAUCCGUCGUCUAAAAUCUGAUACUUCUGGAUUCCAACCAGGUUUUCCGUCGCUGUCUGUGCUGCCCAAGUAUUUGGCCUCCUACCUCAUCAAAUACGUGUACAGCUUCCACUCAGGAGACUUUGUCUACUUUCUGACUGUACAACCCAUCAGUGUCACAAGCCCUCCCAGUGCCUUGCAAACACGUCUGGUCCGGCUCAAUGCUGUAGAGCCAGAGAUUGGUGACUACCGGGAGCUGGUCUUGGACUGUCAUUUUGCACCUAAACGCCGGAGACGCAGUGGAGCCCCAGAGAGCAUACAGCCCUUCCCAGUGCUUCAGGCAGCCCAUGCUGCUCCAGUGGAUGCCAAGCUGGCUGUGGACCUGAACAUUCUAGAGGGCCAGGAAGUGCUUUUUGGGGUCUUCGCGGCUGUCAAAGAUGGUGGCUCUGGCAUGGGUCCCAAGUCUGUUGUAUGUGCCUUCCCCAUUUACCGUCUGAACAUCCUGAUUGAAGAGGGUGUAGAACGUUGCUGCCACUCUUCAAAUUCUUCUUCCCCCUUGUCGAGAGGCCUUGACUUCUUCCAGAUGCCCAGUUUUUGUCCUAAUCCGCCUGGUGGAGAGGCCUCCAGUCCCAGCUCCCGUUGCCACUACUUCCCUUUAAUGGUCUAUGACAGCUUCACACGUGUGGAUCUCUUCAAUGGACUGCUAGGAUCAGUGAAGGUCACUGCACUGCAUGUGACACGCCUUGGCAAUGUUACAGUGGCCCACAUGGGCACUGCAGAUGGCCGUGUCCUACAGGUGGAGAUAGCCAGGUCACUCAACUACUUGUUGUAUGUGUCCAACUUCUCCCUGGGCAACAGCGGACAGCCUGUUCAUCGGGACGUCAGUCGCCUUGGGAAUGACCUACUCUUUGCCUCUGGGAACCAGGUCUUCAAGGUGCCCAUCCAGGGCCCUGGCUGUCGUCAUUUUCUCACCUGUUGGCGUUGCCUGAGAGCACAGCGCUUCAUGGGAUGUGGCUGGUGUGGGGACCGGUGUGGCCGGCAGAAGGAGUGUCCAGGCUCCUGGCAACAGGACCACUGUCCACCUGAGAUCAGUGAGUUCUAUCCUCAUAGCGGCCCUCUAAGAGGCACGACGAGACUUACCCUAUGUGGCUCCAACUUCUACCUGCGACCCGAUGGUGUGUUACCUGAGGGAACACACCAGAUCACUGUGGGCCAAAGUCCCUGCCGACUGCUGCCUAAGGACUCUUCAAGCCAUAGGCCAAGGUCCCACAAGGAAUUCAUAGAGGAGCUUGAAUGUGAGCUGGAGCCCCUGGUCACCCAGGCAGUGGGAACUACAAACAUCAGCCUUCUCAUCACUGACAUGCCAGCAGGCAAGCACUUCCGAGUGGAAGGCAUCUCUGUGCAGGAAGGCUUCUCUUUCAUGGAGCCAGUACUGACAUCAAUAAAACCUGACUUUGGCCCACGGGCUGGGGGUACUUAUCUCACCCUCGAAGGCCAGAGCCUGUCUAUCGGCACUAGCCGAGCUGUGUUGGUCAAUGGAACGCAGUGCCGGCUGGAACAGGUCAGUGAGGAGCAGAUCAUCUGUGUCACACCUCCUGGAGCUGGCAUAGCCAGGGUCCCUCUUCAUCUGCAAAUAGGGGGUGCUGAGGUGCCUGGCUCCUGGACCUUUCACUACAAGGAAGACCCUAUUGUGUUGGACGUCAGUCCCAAGUGUGGCUACAGUGGCUCUCAUGUCAUGAUCCAUGGCCAGCAUCUGACUUCAGCAUGGCACCUAGCACUAUCAUUCCAUGAUGGUCAAAGUACAGUGAAGAGCAGGCAGUGUGCAGGGCAGUUUCUGGAACAGAGGCUUCAGUGUCACCUGCCUGCAUAUGUGGUCCGAAACCCUCAGGGGUGGGCAACAGGGAAUCUGAGCGUCUGGGGGGAUGGAGCCGCUGGCUUCACGCUGCCUGGUUUUCGCUUCCUGCCCCCACCCAGUCUACCCAGAGCUGGUCUGGUCCAGCUGAAGCCUGAAGAGCAUUCAGUUAAGGUUGAGCAUAUUGGGCUGGGCGCUGUGGCAGACUGCGUGACUGUGAACAUGACCGUGGGUGGUGAGGUCUGCCAACAUGAACUCCGGGGAGAUAUGGUGAUCUGCCCCCUGCCCCCUUCCCUGCAACUUGGCAAGGAUGGUGUCCCAUUGCAAGUCUGUGUAGAUGGUGGGUGUCACAUCCUGGGCCAAGUGGUUCGGUCAGGCCCAGGCAGGGCCUCACAGGGAACACUCCUUAUUGCUCUUCUGGCCUUGAUCCUGCUUGUGGCUGUGCUGGCCAUGGCACUGUUCUUUAACUCCCGAAGACGGAAAAAGCAGCGAGUCCUUGCCCCCAACAUGGAUGACCUGGUGGCAUCCCCGGAUUCCUCUCCCAGAGCCAUGUCGCUGUCUGUAUUUCGCUGUGGCUCUGACUACAGAAGUGGCCUUGCUUCUGGAACUCCCAACCAUGAAGAAUCUUCAGGAAGUAGGGAUGGGACAAGUGUCCCACUGCUGCUGCGGACAGAGUCUAUCCGGCUCCAGGAUCUGGAUAGGACGCUCCUAGCCGAGGUCAAGGACGUACUGAUUCCCCAUGAGCAAGUGGUUGUCCAUUCUGACCAGGUCAUCGGCAAAGGGCACUUUGGUGUUGUCUACCAUGGAGAAUACACAGACAAGGCACAGAAUCAGACCCACUGUGCCAUCAAGUCUCUGAGUCGCAUCACUGAGGUACAGGAGGUGGAGGCUUUCCUGCGGGAGGGGCUGCUCAUGCGUGGCCUACAUCACCCGAACAUUCUGGCUCUCAUUGGUAUCAUGCUACCCCCAGAGGGGCUUCCCCUGGUGCUGCUGCCCUAUAUGCGCCACGGCGACCUGCUUCGUUUCAUCCGAUCCCCUCAGAGGAACCCCACUGUGAAGGACCUCAUCAGCUUUGGCCUGCAGGUAGCCUGUGGCAUGGAGUACCUGGCAGAGCAGAAGUUUGUGCACAGAGACCUGGCUGCUAGGAACUGCAUGUUGGACGAGUCAUUUACAGUCAAGGUGGCUGACUUUGGUCUGGCACGUGGCAUCCUAGACAAGGAAUACUAUAGCGUUCGCCAACAGCGCCAUGCUCGCCUACCUGUCAAGUGGAUGGCACUGGAGAGCCUUCAGACCUACAGAUUUACCACCAAGUCCGAUGUGUGGUCAUUCGGUGUGCUGCUGUGGGAGCUCCUAACACGGGGUGCCCCACCCUACCCCCAUAUCGAUCCCUUCGACCUCUCUCACUUCCUGGCUCAGGGCCGCCGCCUGCCUCAGCCUGAGUAUUGUCCUGAUUCACUGUACCAGGUGAUGCUUCGAUGCUGGGAGGCUGACCCAGCAGCACGACCCACCUUCAGAGCCCUAGUGCUAGAAGUAAAGCAGGUAGUAGCCUCACUGCUUGGGGACCACUACGUGCAGCUGACCGCAGCUUAUGUGAACAUAGGCCCUGGAGCAGUGGAUGAUGGGAGUGUGCUUUCGGAGCAGGUGCAGUCCUUGCCUCAGCAUCACAGGAGUACAUCAAGGCCCCGGCCUCUCUCAGAGCCACCUCUGCCCACUUGACCAAAGCCCUAAGUGGGCCACAGAAACUAGACCUGCUAAGUGGCCUUGAGCUAAUCCCAAGCUGCCUCUGGGCCUAUGACAAGCCUCAGCAGGUAAAACUCCACUCUUUAACUUUCUGAGGCUACUGAAGGUGAGAAACAGGGCCCGUAUGAGCCCCUCAUUCCAGCAUGAGUCGGUGUAAUCUUUGUAACAUGUAUUUAUGUAAUGUCCGUUUUGUACCUGUUUCUGAAUACGGAGGAUCCAGCAGUGAUCACAAAGAUACUACAGUGUAAAACACUAUAAACAAACAAACAAAUAAAUAAAUAUUCAAGCACAA